AUGACAGACAACCAGGCGGAUUCCAAUUUUCGCUCCAUCGUGAAUGCUGCUGCUGCAACGUGGUAUUCGCGGCACACGGGUUCACCCGAACAUAUCCAAUCUAAUAGCGGUAGCCAGCAGGAAGCCGGUUCCGACCACGUAGAUGAAAAUGAGGGUCCGGCAAUAAAUGACCCGGUAACGAAUGGUUCGGAAUUCCACAGUAAUCUAACUACCUGGGAAAGCACAUUGGAAGUUCUGCCGGAUGAGAUGAAGAACAUGCCACUCCCGGUUCACCCGCUCGCCCAAGCUUUGGCGGAGCAGCGUACCUUACGUCAAGUCGAAUGGAAUCGAUAUAGGCAGCAAGGUGGAUUCAAACCAAGGACGGCUAUUGACUAUAGUUCCUUGAUGAUCUACUUAUCAGGACAAGUCAACCCAAAUCCAUGUCGCAACUGUCGGUUAAAGAAUGGCCCCUUCGCCCGCUGCAUCGUGGCACCUCCCUCAGUUCUCGCAUUGAGCAGCCUUAAGCACGCGUGUGCCAACUGCACCUACCAGAACCAGCACAAAAAGUGUACAAAUCUCCCUAUUGACGACGAGGAAUUGGUAGCGAAGAGCCGGAUGGCUAGGUCGACCCAGAAAUUAAAAAAUCCCGCUCCGAUGAAGCCCCCUGGCCGGAGACCUAACUCUAUUUCUGAUGGCACUCCUCACUAUACGCCAAGGUACAAACCGGAUCAAAAGCAAAUGAUUCGCAAACCCACAGCGCGUAGCAUUACUGCAGACGCAUUCGGCGACAAGCUUCGUCAAGUUCGCUCAUGGUCACCGCGAUCUCGACGGCUGAUGAAGGCUGAAGUAAUGCAAUGGGAGGCAGCGAUUAUGACGAUCGAGGCUGAGAAUACCCGAUCUCCGCGUAUAGACCGUGUGCUCGAUAGUCAAGGCCAGCUCGAAAUAUCCAAUAAGCCCAUUGGCCUCCCACCUACUUCACAAGCCCCUUGGCACCCCAGUGAAUCUUAUUCGGGCUUGACUGGCGCUGCUUCGAUGGACGAGUCUUUGGAUGAAAUAGAAGCUGAGGAAUACGGUGAGAUAUAUAGCCGGCAUCAGAUGGCAGAGGAUGACGAAGACGAAAACGAAGGGGAGAGUGAUUAUGAAGGCUCACCGUGGGUUGGUUACCACGGUAUAGGACCCGGACUGAAACCUCCGCUUUAA